AUGAAUCCUUUGUGCUGCAUUGCUCCGGUUUCCAUCGAUCGGGACCGGAGUAACCCUGUGGUGUCGAAAUCUACUGCUCAGUGUCAGUUAGGGUUGGAUUCGUCGAUUAAAACGGUGAACUCUGCUUCUAAAUCGAGUAUUUCAACUCAUGAUUCGUCGGUUGCUGCUGAUUCAGUUAAAUCGUCCUCUGCGGGUUUGAAUCACGAUGAGGAUGACGUGGUUCAUGAGCUUCGGGAUUCUAAGGGGUUUGCCGGUGGCAAUGGCGGCGGUGUGGCUGGUAGUGUGGCGGGGAUACUGUAUAAGUGGGUGAAUUAUGGGAAAGGUUGGAGGUCUAGGUGGUUCGUGUUGGAAGAUGGUGUGCUUUCUUAUUAUAAGAUUCAUGGACCGGAUAAGAUCUUGAUGAGUCCUGCUAAAGAUAGGAGUGUUAGGGUGAUCGGAGAGGAGUCGUCGAAGUAUGUGAAAAAGGCGAAUUGGAAUCUGAAUCGAGCUAAUGGAGGAGUAGGAGGAGGAGCUACUAAGCAAUGCAAGCCCUUCGGUGAGAUUCAUUUGAAGGUUUCUUCAGUUCGCUUCAGCAAGUCUGAUGAAAAGCGGCUUUCUUUAUUUACUGGGACAAAAACUCUCCACUUGAGGUGUGUAUCGAGAGAAGACAGAGCCAUGUGGAUUGAAGCCUUGCAAUCUGCGAAAGAUCUUUUUCCUAGAGCUCUGACAAGCAGUGAUCUUGCUACUCCAGAAGAUAUCGUAGUUUCGACAGAGAAACUGCGAUCAAAGUUAUCACAGGAAGGCAUUAGUGAAGAAAUCAUCAAUGACUGUGAGUCCAUUAUGCUCUCGGAAGUCUCAUAUCUACAAGGCAAGUUGAAGUUUCUUCAGCAGAAACAUGUUAUGUUGUUGGACACCUUAAAACAGUUAGAGACGGAGAAAAUAGAGCUGGAAACUACUGUGGUAGAUGAAACAAAGGAACGUGAGUCAUAUUGCGGACAAGGGAAUAGAAGGUUUAGUGAUUUCUAUUCUGUUAUGUCGGAAGGCAGUGCUACAGAUUCAGUAGCUGAUAAUGAAAGUCAAGAUGGAGCAGAUGCUGAAACAGACGAUGACGACGGGGCAUAUUUUGAUACAAAUGAGAUUUUAUAUUCAGAUGCCUUAAGAAGUGCUUCCUAUCGAAGUAGAGAAGGUACGGGAAAUGCUAAUGUAUAUGAUAGAGAUUAUAUUCUCCAUGAUGGGUUGCAUGGGUUUGAGAAGGUGAUCAAAGAUAUAAGCUAUCCUUAUGUCAAAAGAAGGGAUAAUUUGCCAGAACCAAAAGAGAAAGAGAAACCUGUUGGCUUGUGGUCAAUUAUUAAAGACAAUAUUGGGAAGGAUCUUUCUGGAGUUUGUCUCCCUGUUUAUUUUAAUGAACCACUCUCUUCAUUGCAAAAAUGUUUUGAAGACCUGGAGUACUCAAAUCUAGUUGAUAGAGCAUGUGAGUGGGGAAAGCAGGGAAAUGAAUUGAUGAGAAUUCUAAAUAUUGCAGCAUUUGCUGUGUCUGGCUAUGCGUCCACUGAAGGUCGACAGUGUAAACCCUUCAAUCCGCUACUCGGGGAGACUUACGAAGCUGACUAUCCCGAUAAAGGAGUUAAAUUUUUUUCUGAGAAGGUUAGUCAUCAUCCAAUGAUUGUUGCUUGUCACUGUGAGGGAAGAGGGUGGAAGUUCUGGGCAGACUCCAAUUUGAAAGGAAAGUUCUGGGGGCGUUCUAUUCAGUUAGAUCCUGUGGGUGUUCUCACCCUUCAGUUUGAGGACGGCGAGACAUUUCAGUGGAGCAAGGUCACCACUUCCAUAUACAAUAUUAUACUAGGUAAAAUUUAUUGUGACCACUAUGGUACUAUGCACAUCAAGGGCAGCGGAAACUACUCUUGCAAACUGAAGUUCAAAGAGCAAUCAAUCAUUGACCGAAAUCCACAUCAGGUCCAUGGGUUUGUUCAAGACAACAGAACUGGAGAGAAGGUAGCAAUGUUAAUUGGAAAGUGGGACGAAGCAAUGUACUAUGUACUUGGGGAUCCAACUACAAAGCCCAAAGGUUAUGAUCCAAUGACGGAAGCUGCAUUAUUGUGGGAAAGGGACAACUAUGUCCCCAAGACGAGAUAUAACCUCUCUCCCUUUGCAAUUUCCUUGAAUGAAAUAAUGCCCGGUUUAUUGAUGAGUUUGCCUCCAACUGACUCAAGGUUGAGACCAGAUCAGAGACAUCUAGAAAAUGGAGACUAUGAAUUUGCUAAUGCAGAGAAACUAAGGCUUGAACAGUUGCAGAGACAGGCAAGAAAGAUGCAAGAAAGAGGAUGGCAGCCCAGAUGGUUUAAGAAGGAUGAGGAUGGUUCUUACCGAUACAUGGGUGGUUAUUGGGAGGCAAGAGAAAAGAACAAUUGGGAUGAAAUCCCUAAUAUAUUUGGACAAGGUUGUGAUUUGCCUUCAUGUUCCGAAGAGACUGUAUCCUACUGA